CUUUUGUCAAAGACAUCUGAUUUUUCGGUGUUGAUGGAGAAUUACGAGAGCAAGUUCCCAAUUUAAACCUUUUUUUAACACAAAGUACGGAUUUUAGACACUUUUUCCGGUGUUAAAGUGUCAUUUAAAACCAUUUUUCAUCAAAUUUUGCUAAUUUUUUUGGAGAUCAAUCGAGUUUUUGGUGAAAAAUACAGGAUUUAGUGUCAGCAUGGCGUUGAUGAAAAGCAGAACUAAAGAUGAAAUCCCGAAAGGAGCAGUUCAGAUGACCAAAGAAGAGGCUUUGGAAUAUCAAUUGAAGACAGUUCAGAAGUGGCCUUCAUCGUAUGAAGUAUGGCCUUUGAAAUAUGCGUCUCCAAUAUGCGGCGUUGCGAGUAUGCUUUCAGCUGCUUUUGUCAAUACUCACUUUCGACGAAAGCUGAAAUUAUUUUCGCACCAUCGGUUUGCCUCUUAUGUGCCGACUGUUUGUCUCCCGGCGAUCAUGACGACGCUUUUUCACUCGAAUUUUGUGAUGACAGACGUUCUUCUCGGCGAAACUCCCUGCCCGGUGUGCGUUCAAACACGAGCAAUGGCGAUUCAAGUGGGCUUUGGCGCCUUGUAUCCCUGUCUUUUGGCACCUAUUUCGUCUUUUAUGUUUGCCACACGUAAUUUCACCUACAGACUGCCCGACCUUUCGAAGAAUCCUUUUGAAAUUUUGAUGAUUGCCAAGAAAAUGUUCAAGCCCAUUCACGGUCACGUUGCGGGAUUUGUCGUUUUGCAUGCCCUGUUGGCGGCAUUUUUGACGCACAAGGAAUACCAAACGACUUUUUGGCUGCGGGAAGAGACUUUGAGGCGAGAAAAUGCCGAAUUGGAGUAAAAUCGCGUUAAUUUUAGUUCAAAUUAGAUGCAAUAAAGUUGAUUUUUUUUUCAAAUCCGACUUGAAACGUUUUGGA